AUGCCAGGCUCGGAGGACCACGAUGAUGGCGAUACCGCCAAGGGCCUAUUGCAGAAUAUUCUGGAAAGGGUAUCCAAUGGGGCCGAGACUGUCGGGUCUGCUAUGCACAAUGCCCGGGCGAGCUAUGAGGAAUCUGGCCGGCACUUCAAGGGCAAGAUUAUGUCGAAAUUGAUGACAUAUGGAGCUGGCAUGCGAAAUGAUGCACGGGCUUUCUUCAAGAAUGUGGAAGUUCCUACAGAAGUGCAAACUACAAUCUACGAAGGAUAUGAGGGUGAUCGUAAAGUAGUGCAGACUUCAAUACCAGUGAUCGAUGUACACGAACUCCUCGAUUUCCUUCAGACGGAGGUUCAGCUGGUCUGUCCAAUGGACCAGGAUGAUCUGGAUUGCAUGGUACCAUUCAGCAUCUACGGCGACGAGCUGACAUUGGCCAAGGACAGCCGGGAUAAGGAUUCUUGCACGAUCCAUGAGAAUCUUCAGACACUGGCUCCGAUCUUGGAGCAUAUUGUCUGGAGCUGCAAUCAGGCAGGCCAAAAGUUUUCGGGCGGCACUCGCUGGGUGUGUGCCGAGCUAAAGGGUGACUGGAAGUGGCAUGAGCGAACUUUGACUGCCUUCUCCAACUGGUUCAGCAGCAGCGAGAAGGCGAAGCGGUUCUUGACCCCGGCCCAAAGCCAAGAUAUUUAUGACAAUGGAAUGCUGUUUCUGAAAUGCCACCUGCAAUUGACCCGAGUCUCGCAUCGGCUGCAGAUCUUCGCCUGGAUCCUGAAACCAAAGUAUCAUGCAAUGCUCCAUCUCCUGGAGCAGAGCCACAAGUGGCAUUACAACUCCCGCUACACACACUGCUUCGCUGGCGAAGAUGCAAUGGGUUGGCUCAAACGUGCCUGA